CCGUACGUACAUCCGCUUUCAAUCACAGAUUUUCCCAGCUCAUUUCCCUUUUUCAUCCCUCCAGAUUUUGUCCCUGAGCGCCGAGCUUCGUUCUCAAACCUACCCGCAGAGUCGCUGAACCUGUGAACGGACUGCAGCCAUGCGGGUGCUUCUGCUGUUUGCGGUGACGGUGCUGUCUCUGAGCCCGGCGGCGGUGAACGGCGCCGAGAAGAAGAAGCUGCAGAUCGGCAUCAAGAAGCGAGUGGACAACUGCCCCAUCAAGUCCCGCAAAGGAGACGUGCUGAACAUGCACUACACGGGCAAGCUGGAGGACGGUACGGAGUUUGACAGCAGCAUUCCCCGCGACAGGCCCUUCACCUUCACCCUGGGAACCGGGCAGGUGAUCAAAGGCUGGGAUCAGGGCCUGCUGGGCAUGUGCGAGGGAGAGAAGAGGAAGCUGGUCAUCCCCUCCGAGUUGGGCUACGGAGACCGGGGAGCUCCUCCGAAGAUCCCUGGAGGAGCGACGCUCAUCUUUGAAGUGGAGCUGCUCAGCAUCGAGAGGAGAUCCGAGCUUUGAUGAAGACGAGAUGGCAAAAGAAGAACAACUUUCUAAACGUUCCAGGAGGUGUUGCAGCAUAAAGUGGAGAUCAUCUGACCUCUGAUGAAGACUACAUGGCAAAUCUGGGAGUAGAGUUGGCACCGCCCGGCAGAGCCACUGGCCUCCUUUCACUGGCUUUGCUUAUUAUGCUCUGAUUAUUGGACUGAUGUUAUUAUAUGACCUAAGAACUGACUGUAUGUCCUUGUUAUACAUUAAUGGAAUUGACAGCAGCUAAGCCCAGUAUUUGGCCAGGGGCUGAUGAUAACAUCAUGCCCUGCUGUUUCAUCUCACUUUUGUUUUUAAUUUUCAGUGAUUUAUAAAUGGGUUGAUUUAUAUCUGUACUUUUUUUUUGCAAAAUAAUUCAGGUUGUUGAUUUAGUCAAAAGUCAGACAAAAAACAGAUUAGGAUAAAUGUUUUUGUUCACAAUAUUUGAAUUCUGAUAAUAAAAUGUUGACCUUAUGGGA